CCCUCCCGAGCAUCUGUUUGUAUCAUGUGCUUCUGGUGGAGACGGAUCUCCUUGACAAUGUGCAUGGAAGGCCUCGGCGACACCAGCCGAACGCACACGAAGCGAAUCGGGACGAAACCGCGCUCGCUGGGGGCACACGCUCAUAAGCACCCGAUACGCCGCACCAACGCCGCGGCUCACCACCUCACGCUCUCCAUUGUGCCCAUCCACCUCUGCCCCCCGGUCACAUCGCACCAUGGCGCACGAGAUCAAGGGCGUCUACGCCGCUCUCGUCACCCCCUUUACGCACGACCAGGGGCCCAUCGACUUUGACGCCCUCGACGAGCACAUCAACCGCCUCGUCGACGCCGGCAUCCACGGCCUGGUGCCCGGCGGCAGCACCGGCGAGUUCACGGCGCUCACCACCGAGGAGCGCAAGCGGCUCGUCGAGGCCGUCGUCAAGUCUGCCAGGGGCCGCGUGGGCGUCAUGGCCGGCGUCGGCGACCUAUCCACGGCCAAGACGGUCGAGCUCGCCGAGCACGCUGCGCGGGCGGGCGCCGACUCGCUCCUGGUGGUGCCUCCUUUCUACGACGCCCCGACCCUGGCGGAGCUCAAGGAGCACCUCGCCGAGGUCCACAGGGCGUCCGGCCUGCCCAUCGUCUACUACAACAUCCCCUCGGCCACGGGGCUGGCCCUCACGCCCGCUGAGAUGGCCUCGCUCGGCGACGUCGGCGUGCGCUACCUCAAGGACACGUCCGGCAACGCCGCCGCCCUGACGGACAUGAUCCUGAGCGACGAGCUUGCGUCCAGAAUCACCGUCUUCAACGGCUGGGACACGCUGACCUUUUACGGCCUCGCCGCCGGCGCCAAGGGCUCCGUUUGGGGCGCCGCCAACAUCGUCCCCGAGCUGUGCGUGCAGCUGUGGGACGCCGUGGCCGUCCGCGGCGACCUGCGCGAGGGGCGCGAGGUGUGGAAGAAGAUCUUUCCCAUAUGCAAGCUGCUCGAGUCGGGAAACUACGCGGCCGCCGUCAAGACGGCCAUGGAGCUGCGGGGCUGGAAGACGGGCGGCGUGCGCAAGCCCUUUGCCAUGACGGGGGGCGACGCGCGACGGAGGCUCGCCGCAGCCCUCGCGGCCGCGGGCGUGGGCACAGACGGAGCGGGGGAGCGUAGUCCAGACUGAGCAUGGCAGGCCUAUACUGGGCACGACCCGGGCGUAAUACAGUGUAGCUCUGCCU